CCAAAUUGACACCCGGGACUCAGAGCAAUAUAGGCAGCAUCCACGGCGCCGCAUGCAGUUACUUCCACACCGGGCCGCAUCCAAGCGGUUCCCCGCUCCAAGGUGAAGCUCCACGCUGCAUCCGCACGUUACACGCACGCACACCCCACGGGCGCAGACGCGAUGUUGUUUAAAGUGGUCGUGGCGCUGCUGGUUCUAUCCCUACUGGAGCAAGUCAUGGGCUCGGAUAAUAUCGACAUUUACGACACUCCGCCGGAGAAGCCCGUCAUCCAUAAAGGACGCCUGUCCCUGCAGAACACGGCCGAGAUCCAGCACUGCCUGGUGAGCGCAGGAGACGUCGGCUGCGGCGUGUUCGAGUGCUUCGAGAACAAUUCCUGCGAGAUACGAGGGCUGCAGGAGAUCUGCAUGACGUUCCUGCAUAACGCUGGCAAAUUUGACUCGCAGGGGAAAUCCUUCAUCAAAGACGCUCUGAAAUGUAUGGCCCAUGGGCUUCGACAUAAGUUCAGCUGCAUCAGUAGGAAGUGUGUGUCCAUUAAGGAGAUGGUGUUCCAGCUGCAGAGAGAGUGUUAUGUUAAACACAACCUUUGCUCAGCUGCAAAGGAGAAUGUGGGUGUCAUGGUGGAGAUGAUCCAUUUCCAAGAUCUUUUCCCUAAAGGUCCUUAUGUGGAGCUAGUGAAUAUUCUGCUGGGCUGCGGAGAGGAAGUGAAGGAGGCAUUAACCCGCAGCGUCCGGCUCCAGUGCGAGCAGAACUGGGGAGCUUUGUGCGACAGCCUCAGCCUCUGCUCCUCACUGACGCCGCCCCCGCCCAGUGCCGCCGCCGCCGAACAGCGCCGCUCUUUGCUCCCGCACCCACCUCAGCCGGAGCACGCACGCCCCCCGCGGCACGGGGACAAGGGCGGCAAGGUGGCUUUCCACGCCCACCAGCGCGGCCGCAACCACGGGUCGCGGCGCCAGGGUGCAGCAGAUGCAGUGGCGGCUGAGCAGGAAGACCCCCAGGUCACCGACAUCCGGAGGUGAAAAUGCAGGAGAUUACAACACUGAUAACCCCGACACCUUUUGAAAAGCACACUUGUAGACUAAUGGACAUUUUCACAUGAUCACACACACACACAGCAGAAGGCACCAAACCUCUUUCCUGGGCUCUUUUCACCCUUUCCAGUCAUUCCAGCAGUCCUACAUGGUGAACUUGCAGGGUAAUUGUGGCAUAGCAUGUGCAGUCUUGUCACGCCUGACUGUAGGCCUCUUUCUACAUGAAUAGUGAUUGUUAUCAUUAUUAAGACUAUUUUGACUCUAAUAUUUCUCUAAUCAUACUUACUGUAAGAUUUGACUAUAUUUGUAUUAUUUAUUACAUUCUUUAUAUCUGAAAUAUCAAAAUGUACAUAGAAAAAAAAACUAUAUUUAUAUGAACAUGUAUAAAUAUAGUUAAAAAAAACACAAUAGCGAUGGUAGUAUGUUUGUACUAGUAUAAGCCGUGCUGUUGUUGUCCUCACAGUAUUGCACCCAUCACUCGUUAUGUAGAUAUGUAACAUACACCAUUUGUCGUGUCCGAGUGCGAGUGUGUAUUGUAAUGUGUAGAUACUUGAUAGUGAAAUACAAAUUGUACAGGUCCGAAGUCCAGUUCUGGCACAUAAUAAUAACAAUAGCGUAUAAUAGCCAUGAUGCCACAACAGAUGUUAGUCGAAAAAUGAGCCCCUAAAGCAGUGGUUCUCAACCUUUUUUCAGUGAUGUACCCCCUGUGAACUUUUUUUUUUUUAAUUCAAGUACCCCCUAAUCGGAGCAAAGCAUAUUUGGUGGAAAAAAAAGAGAUAAAAAAGUAAAAUACAGCACUAUGUCAUCAGUUUAUGAUUUAUUAAAUUGUAUAACAGUGCAAAAUAUUGCUAAUAUGUAGUGGUCUUUCUUGAAUUAUUUGGGAAAAAAGAUAUAAAAAUAACUAAAACUUUUUGAAAAAUAAAUAAGCGAUUCAAUUAUAAAUAAAAAUUUCUACACAUAGAAGUAAUCAUCAACUUAAAGUGCCCUCUUUGGGGAUUGUAAUAGAGAUCCAUCUGAAUUCAUGAACUUAAUUCUAAACAUUUAUUCACAAAAUAAGAAAUCUUAAACAUCAAUAUUUAUGGAACAUGUCCACAAAAAAUCGAGCUGUCAACACUGAAUCUUGCAUUGUUGCAUUUUUUUUUCACAGUUUAUGAACUUACAUUCAUAUUUUGUUGAAGUAUUAUUCAAUAAAUACAUCUAUAAAGAAUUUUUGAAUGGUUGCUAUUUUUAGAAUAUUUAAAAAAAAAAAAAUCUCACGUACCCCUUGGCAUACCUUCAAGUACCCCCCAGGGGUACGCAAACCCCCAUUUGAGAACCACUGCCCUGAAGGAAUGACGUAUUAUGAAUUCACUCAAACUGCUAAUUGAUGGAGGAUAGUAUUGAAGGGUAAGCUAAACAGAAAUAGUUACUGUAUGUCUUUCUCUGAACCGGACAUAGAAGUUUCUAUGUGUACACACAAUGGGGUCUAAACUUAUUCUUUACAAAGAAUCAGUGAAUGUUCUGUUUUUAUGAGCCACAAACAAUCUUUGCUAAUGCACUUUGUUAGCUUUUUAUUUGGGACUGCUGAAAGUAAAGAGAGGAAAUCAUCCCCGACACAUAUUUUUUCUACAUUUGAGCAACCCCUCUCCUCUUUAUCCACUACUAAAUUCUGUGUGUGUGCUCAUUGCUCUAAGGGUUAGGUUGAGCUAUGUGGCCCUUUUUGGCUUGACAUACAGUCGGGUAAAAAAAAAAGUAUUUAGUCAGCCACCGAUUGUGCAAGUUCUCCCACUUAAAAUGAUGACAGAGGUCUGUAAUUUUCAUCAUAGGUACACUUCAACUGUGAGAGACAGAAUGUAAAAAAAAAAAUCCAGGAAUUCACAUUGUAGGAAUUUUAAAGAAUUUAUUUGUAAAUGAUGGUGGAAAAUAAGUAUUUGGUCAUCCAUUCAAAGCUCUCACUGAUGGAAGGAGGUUUUGGCUCAAAAUCUCACGAUACAUGGCCCCAUUCAUUCUUUCCUUAACACGGAUCAAUCGUCCUGUCCCCUUGGCAGAAAAACAGCCCCAAAGCAUGAUGUUUCCACCCCCAUGCUUCACAGUAGGUAUAGUGCUCUUGGGAUGCAACUCUGAAUUAUAUAUUUUAUUUUUUACAUUUUUAUAUAUAGCGCUUUUUUCUCUAGUGACUCAAAGCGCUUUACAUAGUGAAACCCAAUAUCUAAUUUUUACAUUUAAACCAGUGUGGGUGGCACUGGGAGCAGGUGGGUAAAGUGUCUUGCCCAAGGACACAACGGCAGUGACUAGGAUGGCUGAAGCGGGUAUCGAACCUGCAACCCUCAAGUUGCUGGCACAGCCGCUCUACCAACCGAGCUAUACCGCCAAGGAGUUGAGUUUAUACCAAAAUGGAUACAUGGAUGAUACAGCAGAGGAUUGGGAGAAUGUCAUGUGGUCAGAUGAAACCAAAAUAGAACUUUUUGGUACAAACUCAACUCGUCGUGUUUGGAGGAAGAAGAAUACUGAGUUGCAUCCCAAGAACACCACACCUACUGUGAAGCAUGGGGGUGGAAACAUCAUGCUUUGGGGCUGUUUUUCUGCUAAGCGGACAGGACGAUUGAUCCGUGUUAAGGAAAGAAUGAAUGGGGCCAUGUAUCGUGAGAUUUUGGGCCAAUCAGUGAGAGCUUUGAAUGGUUGACCAAAUACUUAUUUUCCACCAUAAUUUACAAAUAAAUUCUUUAAAAUUCCUACAAUGUGAAUUCCUGGAUUUUUUUUUUCACAUUCUGUCUCUCACAGUUGAAGUGUACCUAUGAUGAAAAUUACAGACCUCCAUCAUCAUUUUAAGUGGGAGAACUUGCACAAUCGGUGGCUGAUAAUUACUUUUUUGCACCACUGUAGAUCCUCCAUUGCACAUUUUUAAACUAGUUCCUCACCAAGGUUAAGGGAAGGCCUCUCUUUGUGUCUUUGAACUGCAGGCAAAGCAGCAAGGACCCAGGAACUGGGUUAAGCCCACAUAUGGGGUACUGUUAUUCUAAAUGUUAUAUUUACAGAGGCCACCAGAGAGUUCCUCUGGGCUUCAGCCAAGAGCCUGCAACACCAGGCCUGUGUAGGAAGAAGUAGAGAGACAGAUCUUAUUUUAUGGGAUUCUUCCUUCAGGUCAACACUUUAAGGCCAGUUAAAUGCUUACGUGGUGGAAGUGAAGCACUAAUAAGUGAGCAAAACACAAUCGUCACAUAUUUCAAUGUCAUAGAAUAUCUAACCUGUCCCUGCAAGUGAUUUAGAAGCUGUUUUUUUGUUUGUUUUGUUUUUGGUGGCGGUUGGGAUUCCAGUGGCAUCCCAUCAUAAGACAUAAGCUAUAUUUUAUUGAAAAUGUACUGUAUAUGUGUAAUGUGACUUUCUUUGUAAUACUUUAGUGGCCUUUCUUUUUAGACAAUAAACUGUGUUCCUUGUAAUAUCAGUGCGAUACAUAACCCAUCAAAUGUUCUCACAUUCAAGCUUAUGAUCCAAGGAGUGUUUGUGGGCUUGCACCAGAUGUAUCUCUUAAUCAUUAAAAUAUUUGUAUCUUUA